AUGGAGGCUCUCAUUCGUUCUAUCUCAUCACAUUCCUUAAACACUACAGUAAACCUAGAAGAUAUCCUCUUAUCUCUAGUAUAUGAUGUCGUGGGUAAGGUUGCAUUCGGUAACAGCUAUAGGGGAAAGACUUUUAAUGGUAGAACAUUGAAAGAUAUAGUCGAGGAGGCUAGAGAAUGUUAUAGUGAUUUUGAUGGCUUUCUCCAGAUGGUUCUUGAUGAUCAUCAUGACACAAAAACAAGUGGUCAUGUAAAUGAUUUUGUUGAUGACUGUAUGUCUCGGUUGACUACCGAGGAGAUGAAAGCACUUGUGAUGAAUGUGCUUGAGGGGGCAGUUGACACAUCUACUAUAACAAUGGUGUGGGCUAUGUCCGAGCUCGUUAAAAAUCCUAGAGUUAUGCAAAGUUGCAAAACGAAAUUCGAAGAUGUGUUGGAAGAAAAUCGAAAGUAGAUGAAUCAGAUAUUACGAAGAUGACAUACUUGAAAAUGGUGGUGAAGGAGACGCUAAGAUUGCACCCACCUGCUGCUUUUCUGAUGGGAAGGGAAUGUGUAAGUCAAUGUCAGAUUGGUGGAUAUGACGUGUUACCUGGUAUGAAAGUGAUGGUGACUGCGUGGGGAUUAGGAAGGGAUCCAAGAAUCUGGAAAGAGAAUGCAGAGGAGUUUUAUCCAGAGCGAUUUGAAAACACAUUAAGGCUGAUAUCGGAGGGAAAUAUUUUGAGAUGAUCCCGUUUGGAGGGGGGAGAAGAGCAUGCCCUGGGAAUAACAUGGCUACUUCAACUGUAGAAUUUACAAUUUCAAACUUACUUUACUUCUUCAACUGGGAAACACCGGCCGGAUUGAAGAAGGAAGAUCUGGAUAUGAAAGAGAAUGGCUUCCCGUUUCUUCGUAGGACGACACCUCUUUGCCUUGUCCCCACAAAGCACAACUGGGAAGACUAGGAAUCAUUUCUUCUUUCCAGUGAAUGAUAUGUUGGACCUGGCGUGAAUAUACUCCAUGCGGGUCAACAUUGUUAUGUAUUUCAUUAUCACAAUAAAAUUGUACUCCAUAUCACUUCGAGUAACAUGUGUAUCUCAUGCAACAUGAUUUUUUUUUUCCUUUAUUUUUUACUUUUUUUGAGUAAUGAUGUUCAAAAAUUGUGAGAAAUUAAAUUU